GGUCACACUGAAUAUUACUUCCGGGUUUCGAAACCAUCAUGGUCUUUCCGAUCGCAAAGCUGGUGUCUCUGGCGGUAAAACAGCUCAGCAAACCCGUGGCAAAGUACGCUAAAGAAGGCGCUAAACGGAGUGUGUUCUUCAGGAGAUAUGUCUGUAUGCCGCCUGCACAAUUGUACCACUGGAUGGAGGUGAGACUGAAGAUGAGAAUUCUCGGCCUGGGGAAGACCAAACCCGGCAGCGUCCCUCAGCUCAACGAAGAGAUGGCCACCGAGCUGGGAGCGGAGAUGCUCGGGGAGUUCAUCGUGUUCAUGGUAGCGGUGGCAACCAUCUACGGAGAGUACUGGCGGCAGGCCCGAAACGCUCAGCAGAAGGAAGACACUCAGAACCAGAGACUGAAUGAACUGGAGGAAAAACUAUUGGAAGUGCAGGUGGUCACGGAAAAGCAGGACAUGCAGAUUCGACAUUUGUCUAGACUGUUGGCAGGUUCCACUCCGGACUCUAGUCAGACAGUCAGACUGCCUGGCAAAUAAAAUACUCCCUGUAUGUGUUAGUAAAAUGUGUAGGAAUAUCAUCAGGGAGGAAAGCAGCUGGAGGAAAGCAUAUCUUGUUUACUGCAACAUUUUCUUUAUCAUAUGUCUAAUAAUUAAGCCAAUUUAAGGGUUAAUGACCCGCCCCGAGGUGAAUAUGGU